AUGUCCAACCGCAGGGCUGAUACAGCUCCCAAGUACAACAAAAAAGGAAAGGAGAAAGACUUACAAGUUGUUCUCCAAGGCAUUGAUCUGCCUCAGCCCUCCAUGGCGCACCACAGCCAAAAGAUAAGCCAGCUACUUUCAGUGUGGGACAAGGUGAAACAUUUUCAUUCCCAGACCCUCCAGAUACAGCAGCACUUCCACAUGAAACUGCUGUGUCCUCUAUUAGAGUGUGGCCAAGUAUUUCACCUGUACCCAUAUUACCCUCUGUAUCCCGUUGUUUUCCAAAACAUCAAGUCAACACCAGGUCAGGCUGUGCCCCCAUCGUCUCAAGGUAUGCCUGAAAGAAAAGAAGGGGCGCCCAAAAGAAAGUACAUGAGAAAAACAACGUUGGUGCGAUGCGAUGGAGAGGAGAGAGUCCCCCCACUACAUCAGCAGUUCAUGGGCUACAGAUACGGUGCAAAGACACAAGCAAUACCAUUUGAAGAGUGGAGAAGAAACCUUCAAUCCCAGGGUGUUGCAAGGAAGAGGACUACUUAAGCAGUAUGCAGAGAGAAAAGGAAUCAGGGUGAAAAGAACUAAAAGUAUAUAUCCGUAAAAAAUUUGAAUGCUGCCUAUUGUGUCGUAGUCUAAAGAGAUGUUGACAUCUUGAUGACAAUGCAGAAUAAAACUUAUUCAGAAAGCAUCAGUGGAUAAGUUGAUAAACCUGUAACAUUGAGUGACAUCGCUUCUAUGGCACAGUAGGUUCCAAGCCCUUGUAAAAGCAGAGGAGAAAUUUUUUGCGGUCUCAAAAUAGCACUAGUGCAUGACAACUGUGAUUGCCACAACAAACUGUAGAUUUAUUUUCACUUGAGAAUGAUACUUUCAAGAAAUAUGAAAUGAGUGAAUGCUUGGGGUUUAAUAUGAUGCUCCAUAGUAUUUCAGAAAUCUAUAGUAUUUCAUGAAAAUGCAAAAUGAGAACUGGUAUUAACAAUGAGAUCAGAAGUUCAUCCAUUACCACUUGAUUCAGCAGUUUGGGGAUGGCUGUGAGGUCUUUGUGGGAUUUGUAGGUCUACAUACACGGGGAAAAAGGUUCUGAGAAGGGCAUUAAUCAUUAAUGAUGAAAAUGUAGUUCUGCUUAGUGUCUAUAUUUGGAGAAACAAUACAUUUGUUAAGUUUGUUGGUGUGCUAAGUAUGGCGAUUGUGUUAUUCAUAAGAUCAGAACAAGCUGAUAUUCAAGGUUCUGAGUUUACUUCCAUUUAUCAAUGUUCUUGGACUAUUGAUUAAGCAAAAAGUGUGCAAUUAUAUCUAGGACCAGUCACCCUGACUGUUACGUUGUGCAAAAGCAUACACUACCAAUUCUGUAAAAGUGAAAUUACGGCUUUCAAAUUCAUUGAAGUUCGUAAGAGGAUCUUAAAACUAGACUGAUUCUAUUAAAUUUAAACUUUGAGGAAGGCCUAGUCUUAGCAGCUUCACCUAUGAAAUCCUGCAAAUAUUAUACAGUGGAUAUUUAUAUAAACAAAACCAAAGUAUUACUAUUAGUAUAUUACUAAUGCAAUAAACGUAAAUAUGUUUUGCUCAAAGUUAUCUCCCCUUUAGGUCGCUUACGUUUUGAAAGUAGGUCACCAGCGUGACUUAAUUUUUUCUUUUUCUCUUGGAUUUUCUGGUUUGCGCGGUGGAGACUUACGUGCGCCAGUGGCUUUCAAAUUCAUUGAAGUUUGUAAGAGGUUCUCAAAACUACACUGAUUCUAUUAAAUUUAAACUUUGAGGAAGGCCUAGUCUUAGCAGCUUUACCUAUGAAAUCCUGCAAAUAUUAUACAGCGAAUAUUUAUAUAAACAAAACCAAAGUAUUACUAUUAGUAUAUUACUAAUGCAAUAAACGUAAGUAUGUGUUGCUCAAAGUUAUCUCCCCUUUACGUCGCUUUCGUUUUGAAAGUAGGUCACCAGCGUGACUUAAUUUUUUCUUUUUUUUUCUUGGAUUUUCUGUUUUGCGUGGUGGAGACUUAUGUGCGCCAGCCUUAGCACAGCAUAAUGACCCAGGAGUCUCACCAAUGCGGCUUAAUCUACAGCUGUACGUGGGAAGGUCUACCGCCAUCAUGUAAGUGAAAUAUCCCUGAGUACGGCGUAAAACAACAAUCAAAUAAAUAAAUAAAAUUUUAACGCACAAUCCUGUCUAAGUAGGGAUGCUAUACACAUUCUUCUGACCUAUGCUGGGCAAAUGGGGACACUUCUCCAACACAGUGUUUGAUGCACUAUUCUGUCUGAGAGGGAUGCUGUACACAUUCUUCUGACCUAUGCUGGGCAAAU